UUGAUGCAAAUGCUUUGCACACAUGCACCAAGUCGACGACAUCCCUCUUAGUUGCACGAACUUGUAUUUUCAGAGUUUAAGGGAUUGUCUAGCAGCUUCAGGGAUGCUUGUCACGUGACGCUCUAGUGGGGUAUCGCUGCAAAAUGGCCUCACCGCCGUAGGUUUGUUAAUUGGCUUACUCUUGGAAGUUGGGGGCACCAAUGGAGGGGCAGGGGAAGGAGCAGAAGAAUGGGGUUGGGGAGGAGGGCGGUGAUGAGGAAGGGAGAAGAGGUUAUCCUCUGUCUGCGAGUGAUUACAGGAUAAUGGAGGAACUAGGGCGUGGCGCUAGUUGUACUGUGUAUAGUGCUCUGUGCUUGCCCUACAAUGAAUUGGUGGCGAUCAAAGUGCUGCAGCUUGACGAGGGCACCCGAAUUUCGAGCGACUUCUGGACGGCGUCGAAAAGCCGAAUUCAGCACCCCAAUGUUCUGACGGCUUACUGCUCCUUCACUACCAGUCACAAUGUCUGGGUUGUGAUGCCGUUCAUGGCUGGUGGAUCAUGUUUGGAUAUUAUGAAAGCUGCCUUCUCAAAUGGUUUUGACGAGAGUGUGGUGUGUACUUUUUUAAAAGAGUCGUUGAUGGGUCUCAAUUACCUUCAUCACCAUGGCCGUAUUCAUCAGGAUGUGAAGGCGGGAAAUAUCUUUGUGGAUGGGAAUGGACGAGUCAAGCUCGCGGAUUUUGGUAUUUCCACCUGUAUAUUGAAUGCAGGUGAUCAACAACAGUCAAGAAGCAGUUUACUGAGGUCUUGUUACUGGAUGGCUCCAGAGAUGAUUGAGCAAGUUCAUUUGUACGAUUCCAAAGCUGAUAUAUGGUCUUUUGGAAUUACGGCAUUGGAGCUUGUGCAUGGGAUUGUCCCCUUCUCGAAGUAUCCUAUGAAGGUUUUCUUCAAUACUUUACAGAAUAAGAUCUCAGAGAUGAAUUGUGCAUGCUUCAAAAUGUUCUCUAAGUCCUUCAAAGACAUGAUUGCAAUUUGCCUUGCCAAGGACCCCUCAAGACGUCCAACAACAGAACAGCUGCUGAGACAUCCGUUUUUCAAGCAAGCGCGCAGUCCUGAGUAUAUCUACCAACAUGUUCUAGAUGGCUUGUCAUCAUUAGGUGAACGUUCCAAAAAUCUCAAGAUCAUUGAAGCUGCUCAACUCGCUCUGAAGAAAAGCCCUCACAGUAAAGAAAAACUAUCCCAGGGGGAAUACUUAAGAGGACUACACAAUUGGAUAUGCAAUGCACAUGAUAUCAGAAAGACAGAGACUGAAGUGGCAAUUUUCAAAGGAGGUCCCGCUGAUUUAGCAGCUCAAAUGGAUGUCGAUUGGGAAAGUUCUUGUCUUCAUUCCAAGAGCGCCAGCUCCAUUGAGAUCAUGGACAUCAUUGCCGAACGGGACGCAGCAUUAAUGGAAAAGAGCACAGCUUUAGCAGAGAAGAUGGCAGCAUAUGCUGAGCGGGACGCUGCAAUCUUGCAGCGAGACAUCGCUUCUGCAGAUAGAGACGCAGCAAUUUUGACCCGAGACGCUGCCUUGGCUGCCCUGGCUAGACUCGAAAGGAAGUCUUCUGGACGUGGUCGAAGACCAUCCCAGACGGCAUUGGACGAAUCGAUGCACGGAUCUAAACUAUUACAGCGGAUGGACCUUGCAGAACAUAGCGCAUUUUCAUCUGAAUUCCACCCGACUGCAGCCAAUCCAUCACAUUCAGGUAUCAUGCUUUUAGAUCCUGAUUCUGCACAUUUGCAAGGUGUACACAGAUUUAGUAGGGACAAGGAGUCACAAAUAGAGAUUUUUGUACGAACGAAAAGGAAGGCGACCGAAAUGGCAGAAGCCACUCAUAGGGGUAAACAUCCCCGAGCAGCACCUAAGAAAUCACGGAAUUGGCCUGUAACACACCAAGGUCAGCAACCAGUGCAAGAACGGGAGAGUCAGGCCCAGGUUGCUAAUGAAGAAGAGGGAGGUCAGAUUAGGGAGCCAGAGCUUGUAAGCAGUAGAAUAUUUCGAUCUCAGACUGUACCCACUCCCAUUCCGUACUGUUCUUGCACGGGUAUGAACCAGCAGUGCUAUAGGUGGGGAAAUGGUGGCUGGCAAUCAGCCUGUUGCACAACGUUAAUCUCUAUGUUUCCCUUGCCUCUGAACCCCAAGAAGAGAGGCUCACGCUUGGCAGGGCGGAAGAUGAGUGCUGGAGCCUUUGACAAGCUUCUGGAGAAGCUAGUGUCCGAAGGUGUCAACAUCAAUCUACCGGUCGAUCUUAGGGAGCAUUGGGCCAAGCAUGGUACUAAUCGGUAUGUUACUCUGCGCUAAUCUGGUCUAGCGAAAUACUUUUUGUGACCUUUCACAUGGCAUUUGGUGAGCUUUGUAGUUAAUCUUGGAUCUCUCUUUUAGUCAGUUUAACUAGGUGUGGAACUUAAUUAGGUCCAAGCCUAGUGCUCGAGGAUCCUCACACUCUUGACAGCGUGUCAAGCUUAUUAGAUUAUGUACAUUUGGGUUCUCCAGAGCAAUGGAUUUGACCCUGACCUAGAGAUACCACAGCCACUGGAGUCUGUAUAGUUACUGUGUUUGUUUCCAAGUAGUUACAAGUUAGUAUCCAGUUAAACCCUGUCCGCACGAAACUGAACCAUAGGAAGAUCGCAUUUUGUGUUUUCUCACCUGUCUUGUCUACUGGAAUUGAAGGAUGAGUAUUACAACUGGCUUGAUUUUAUACUGAAUUUGUGGCACUUUAUUGGUGUCAAACCUUGAACGAACGAGAUGUUUCUGUUGAA